AUGUCAUCAGGGGCUCCUCCAGUCAACAACCUCCAAGCUCGUGCACAGGAUCAUUCGCCGUCGCCGCCCCCUCCCGCGCCGGUACCUCUCACUCCAGGCCCUCGUGCUGCGCGACUCCAGCAAAUCUUCAACCAGGCAUUACUUCACACACUCCGAGCCAAUUCCUAUUCCAACUUCUCGUCCUGCUUUCCAACUCCGGCGACACACGUUCCUCAUAGCCUCGAGUCGGUGUGGAGGCAGCUGAACGCAAAAUUGGAGGAGAGCGCGAGGGCCGAAUUUGACGAUGUGAUAAAGGAGAGAGACGUGGUUCGAGGACUGAAUGAGCUGGAUCGGUUGGUUGGGGAGGCAAGACGGAGGAGGGAUAGAGGAGAGGGAGUGGGUAGUGUCGCGUAUGUUUUUGAAGCAUCGGAUUCCUUUUCACUUGUUCUUUGCCUGACCCGAUGA